UUCUUAAAAAUCCAUCUGCUUAAACAUUUUUCUUUUCAAUUUUUUCCACUAACAUCGUUAGUACCAUGCUUCCUAAUGGCUAGCUGCUUAUCGCUUUUUAUUGUGCUGCAGAAAUGGAUUGAAAUUAUUGGACAGGCACGCCAAAAUGUUGAUUUUCUAACAAAUCCAGAUGUGAUCAAAACCGUGCUCAACAUAUUGCAGACUAACACCAGCGUAGCCAGUGCGCUUGGAACGUACUUCUUAUCACAAAUAUCAUUGAUCUUUCUGGACAUGCUUAAUGUGUACAGAAUGUACAGCGAGCUUAUAUCAAAGAAAUUAGCAGAAGGAGGGCCCUUUGGCUCUAAAACAUCAUAUGUAAAACUUCUGCGAUCGGUUAAGCGGGAGACUCUCAAGCUAAUUGAAACAUUUGUGGACAAGGCUGAAGAUCAACCGCAAAUUGGAAAACAGUUUGUGCCACCAAUGAUGGACCCUGUUCUCGGGGACUAUGCUAGAAAUUUACCUGAUGCCAGGGAGUCUGAAGUUUUGUCACUCUUUGCCACAAUUAUAAACAAGUAA